AGCUCACGCUCCCAUCUCUACAUGCCAAACACUGUCUUCGAUCUGGCACUUUUUCUCAUGACGUGUCGGCGAAUUUAACUUUUUUAAGUAAUUGGUUGGAAUAGUCACUACGAAUUUUGGAAAAUGCGCGAUCAGAUACUCAGCCUUGCCCUGCUCCUGUGCGUACUGCACAGCGCCUGCGGCCUGUACUUCCACAUAUCUGAGACGGAAAGGAAAUGUUUCAUAGAGGAGGUGCCUGACGAGACAACAGUGAUUGUUAACUACAAGGUAGAACUGUAUGAUCCGCGCUCCAACGGCUUUAUGCCUUCUUCGCCUGGAAUUGGAAUGCAUGUGGAGGUUCGCGACAGCGACGACAAGAUUGUUCUUUCCCGCGUAUACAGCUCUCAGGGCCGCAUCUCGUUCACCUCGCACACGCCUGGGGAGCACAUCAUUUGCAUGUACUCGAAUAGCACUGCCUGGUUUAGCGGCGCCCAGCUACGAGUUCAUCUUGACAUCCAGGUGGGCGAGCAUGCGAUAGACUACGCGAAUGUGGCGCAGAAGGAGAAGCUGACAGAGCUGCAGCUGCGCAUCCGUCAGCUACUUGACCAAGUGGAACAGAUAACCAAGGAACAAAACUACCAGCGAUACCGCGAGGAACGUUUCCGCCACACUAGCGAAAGCACCAACUCCCGCGUGUUGUGGUGGUCGUUGGCCCAAACCGUUGUCUUGGUUUGCAUGGGAUUCUGGCAGAUGCGCCAUUUGAAGAGUUUCUUCGAGGCCAAGAAGCUAGUGUGAGACGCCGGUUACCCUCGCCGGCUCGCAGCCUCAAUGUUCCGUAUGUUUAUUUCCCUAUUUGUCUUCUUUUGGUGCACACCCGGCCAGAAGUCCGAAUUUCAUCGAUGGAUGUCAUCAGCAAUUAGCAACAGGUCACGAUUUCAAGCACUUUUAGUUUUAACGUAUUGUGCGUAAUUUAAUAAAAAUCCAUUGUAUAAAAACUGA